UCGUCUCUCGGUAACUACAUCAGAACAAUUUUCUACUUUCUCAGUGUCUGACAGCCUUCGUGGAGUGUGGACCUCCGUUUUGUAAUUAAUGCACGUUUUGAAAUGAAGAUUUUUUUGUUAAAGAAAUAAUUUGACAUUUCGAGUUUACGUUAAAUUUAGACAGAAGAUCCACCUAUUUUACAUCAACGUUGCAAAACUAAAAAGCUCGGUUGUAAAUUUCACAGACAGUAUGACGUGAACGAAAGAAAAAUGGAAAAUGACAUUAUCUGAACAAUUAAACAGUGUCAGAAAAUAGUGAUAAACGAUCGAAAACAAAUGAAAUAAACGGAAAAUAUCAUAUUUGAUAAGGAAAUAAUUUAUUUACAUUCAUUUCGUUGGAAUAAAUUGAAAGUAACUGAAAUAUACAGUAGAUAUGGAGUUUAAUUUAAUCAGUUUAUCAGCAUUGGGAUUAUUUAUUUUCUUCGGGAACAUUCUAGCAUAUGAUCCGGCCACGUGCGUGCAGUGCCGAGAAUCACACAUAUGCAAUCCCCCAGACUGUUUCUGUUGCCGCGACAAAAUGCCACUGAAAAGUCGAGAAAUUCCGCAAAUGGUGUUUUUCUCUUUUGACGACGCUGUUAAUCCUCAGGUUGCAAACUACUACAGAGAACUUUUUAAUCCACAAAGACUUAAUCCAAAUGGAUGCCCUAUUUCAAUGACAUUAUUUGUUUCCCACCGCAACACCGUGUAUGGUCUUGUGAAAGAGUUUUAUGAAAAAGGAAUGGAAAUUGCCUCCCAUAGUGUAACGCAUAGUCAAAUGAAUACAAAUACAUUCAUCCGUGAGGCGAGGAAACAGAAAGAAAAUCUUUCGAAACGCGCGGGAAUUCCUUCCGGUAAAAUAACAGGAUGGAGAAGUCCCUUUUUGAAGCCUGUAGGCGAUUUACAGCCAUCCGUUUUAAAGGACCUUGGCUAUGAAUACGAUGCAACUCUUACGAUGGCAAAGAAGAGUUUAAACGAUAAAGCUAUUACACCAUUCACACUUGACUUCGGAUGGCCAUACGACUGCAAAAUAAAACCAUGUCCAACAAAACCUCACAAAGGAUUUUGGGAAGUGCCUGUUGUAUCUGUGAAGGAUUAUCUUAAUAAAUAUGACUGUGUAUAUGUCGACGGAUGUAAUAAUCCACCGCCCACGGAAAAGUUGGCGUAUCAAUUUCUUUGGGACAAUUUUCAGAAAUAUUAUACUACAAAUAGAGCGCCUAUGGGCAUUAAUAUGCAUGCGUCUUGGUUUUACUACCCGGACCGAAAAGCCGCUAUGGACAGAUUCAUUAAACAACUUGUUAAACUUGAUGACGUUUACAUCAUCUCAAUUCAGCAAGUCAUCGAAUGGCUUAAAGAACCGACAUCUUUACAACAAAUAAAAACGUUUCAACCUUGGCUCUGUAGUGGGAAUAAAACGACCGAAGCGGUAAAGAAACCAUCCAGUAACAGAUUUACUGACAAAGAUUCGCGCAGGGUAACGUUCCGACCUAAAAGUACCCAUAAUGGUAAUUUCAUUUCCAAUUCACCAUCAUUCGAUCCAAUGCGAUCUUGGCAAACGAGACAGCCGAGAAGGCAACAAUUUUUACCAAGCGCAAUGCCAACUCCGGUACCACCAAUGGUUCCAAACCUUCCAAUGGUACGCUUCUGGUGGCGCCCACCUGGUAUGGUUGGUGUAAAUAGUCAACAACAGCAAGAGCAACAACAACAAACUAUGUUAAGAAGGCAAAGAAUGGAACAGGAGCGAUUACGUAGACUUCAAGCAGAAGAGAAACAAGCUAGACUGAUUGAACAAAAACGUCUAGAAGAAGUAAGACAACGCGAGCAGGCCAAACUUCUUGAAAUUAAACGCCAAGAAAAGUUGAGACAAGAGGAACAAUUACGUCUUCUUGAACAGCAGAGACAAGAGAAGCUUCUCCGAGACGAAAGAGCUAGACAGCUUGAACAGCAACGGCUUCAAAAGCUCAGACAAGAAGAACUGCAACGCCAGGAACAACUUAAACAACAAGAACAAGCAAGGUUGCUGGAGCAGCAACGCCAAGAAAAAUUGAUACAAGAAGAACAGGCAAGACUUCUCGAACAACAACGUCUUGAUAACCUUAGACAAAAAGAACAAGCGAAACUUAUUGAAAAGAAACGGCAGUUAGAACUUCAGCAACUAGAGCAAGCACAAUUACUUGAAAAACAAAGGCAAGAGGAGAUGCGAAAACAGGAGCUUGCAAGACAAGCAGAUAUUCUAAAACGUCAGAACGAAAUAGAAAAACAAAAACAAUUAGAAGAAAAAUUACAUAGACAAACAUCUCUAAUGCAUCAAAAUGUUGCCAGUGUUGAUCAGAUACACCAAAAUGAACUCGGCCAAAAGCAUGUUAUUCCUAGCGGUGAUUUCUUGAAAAGCGAGCCAAAUUUACUCCAAAGCGAAUUUAUGCAACCGGCUGUUUCUGGACAGUCACUUCAAGACGAGUUUCUUCCUUUGCCAAAUGUUAUAGAUACAAGUAUUCACCAAAACGAAUUCCUUCAAACACCUGAUGUUGCAAAUGUACAUAGUCUGCAAAAUGAAUUUCCACCAGUUGUUGAUACAACUGUAGCUGAUGCAGGUAAUAUCAAUCCUCUUCAGAACGAAUUUAUUCAAGCAUCUGGUACUUCCAACAACAACUUACUUCAAAAUGAAUUUAUGCCAGCGCCUGAUAUAACUAAUGAAAAUUUACUACAAAGCGAAUUUAUCCAAUCGUUAGAUGUGAAUAACAAUCCGUCUGGGGCCAUGGUAGUGGAGCAACCGCUUAUUCAAAACAAAAACUCUCAAACCAGUCACAUUGUCAAAGCUACGCAAAUAGAUACUCUCCAACAAGAAGUGAUAGUUACACAACCACCACAGCCAACACAAUCAACUGCUCCAACUUCCACCAUCGAUCAUAACAAAGUCCUGGAGGAAUCAUUUCAAGUAUUUAUUUCCCGCAAAUUGGACGAAAUUCUUCAAUUCCGCCCAAGUGAAAGAACACAUCAAUUGGAACUUUUAAGUAUGGUUGAACUUCGAGCAUUGCAGGAAGAACUAAGAAAUCGCUUGAUAAACAACAAAAAGUCAGGGGAUCCACAAGUCCAUAGUCAAAAUAUCUCUUCACAUUCAGUAAGUGGACAAACUUCAGAAUUAGUGUCGAGUUCUGAGCCGGUGCAAAAUGAAGUACAGCCUCAAAAUAAACCAAUGUUACAAGAAUUUCAUAAGCCAGCUGAAAUACAAAGAACAAAAUUAGACUUUCCUUUACAACAGAUUGUAGUUAAUGAAACUAGAAAGGGUUUAGAGACACACGUUGUUGAACCCCAUCUAUCCGAAAAUACAACCUCAUCAUACACACAGUUCACUACAGAUCAAUCAGUCGUUUAUGAAACACCUACAACAGAAGCGUAUCCAAUUUAUAUGGAUAUUUUUACCACUUCAACACCACAGGCAACUGAAACGCAGGCUGACACGACAAGCAGAAUUCCAUCGUUUUCGACGGAACCCACGACAUUACCAGAAACGACAGCAUCUACUACAUUGUUAGUUGCGAUAACCGAAUUAAUAACAGAAGCAGAGCAAUCAACAACGGAAUCUUCCACAAGUAUACCUUCAACGACGAUUGAAACGACGACAACUCCUCCAAUAACUGUUAAAGCAACAACAACUAGCAUUGUUGAGCAAACAACAACUACUGCUGCUGCUGCUGCUGCAGAAACAACAACACCACAAGAGACGACAUCACAAUUUACAACUACGGAAUAUACGACAACACCAACAGCUACAGAAACAACCACGCAGACAAAAAUAAAACCAACUGUGUCAAAACAAAGAGCCGCAAUAAAUAUAAGACCCAUGUGGACGAUUUCUCAGAAUGUUCAAGUUCCAUGGCAGCGUUGGAUAACCAAAACACCUGUAAUGAUGGAGCCUGAAACAACGACACCAAAGCCAUCUGUAACACGACGACCGGCCCACAAAAUCCAGUUCUUUACGGUAAAAGACCUAGAGAAACAAACUCCAGUGUUCAAUGUCUUGCCUUUCAACUCUGUUGCUACUGAUAAUGAUGCCACUGGAAUUAAGCUCCAACCAACGGCAUUUGUUAAUGUUCCUAAACAUUAUGAUAUAAACGGUGCAAACCAAAGGAAUAUAUUCACAGGUAUAAAUGCUCAUUCGAACCGUUUUUUGUCACCAAUUGUCAUGCCUAUACCUUCUUUAACGCCACAGCCGAAGCUAACGGAAGGACCACGUGCUAAUACACUUGACAACGCAAAACUGGAAAGUAUUAAAUCAAUAGCUUCUCACGUCGAGAAGUUUACAAAUAAAGUUACAAAAUCACAAUACAUGUCGUCAGAAAACGUUUCAUCGGUGCAGGAGUCUGGACGAGUAUCUUCUUCAUCGGAAUGCAUACAAGAAAUAAAUUGUAUGCGUCCGAAUUGUGUGUGCAAGUCUUCCAGUCCUCCGGGAAGCUUAAAAUUAAUAGAAACUCCUCAGAUAGUAUACAUCACUGUAGACGGAAGCUUGAACUUUCACACUUACGGAAAAUUAAGAUCGCUGUUUUCGAAGACAAGACUGAAUCCUAAUGGUUGUCGGAUAAAAGGAACUGUCUUUAUAUCAGAUAUCGGCAGUAGUUAUCGAAUUGCCAACGUACUGAAAACAGACAAUAUAGAGUUGGCGAUGAUGGGCGUAAGCUCUCGGCCGUAUUCAGACCCUGCAAAAUUGAAGCAGGACAUCGUUAGACAGAGGAAACGAAUAGCAGCAAGUGCGAACAUUUCUCCAGGCGAUAUCAAGGGAUGGAGAAGUCCGGGUUUAAGUCCUGUCGGAGAUGAACAAUACAAAAUAAUAGCCAAUCAAAGUUUGUAUGACUCUUCGCUGCUGUUACUACAGGAUACUAUUGAUAAAAAGAUACCUUAUCCCCACACGUUAGAUUUUGGAUGGAUGGGUACGUGCCAGACUGGAACGUGUCCGAAUGAUCAUCAUAGUGGUGUCUGGGAAGUUCCGAUAAUUCCGUUUAAUGGACCUAAAAAUAUGACCGCAUGUGAGUAUAUUGACGCAUGCACAACCCAACCGAGUAACGCGCAGCAAACAGUUGACUAUCUAAUGGAUAAUUUUAAUAAGUAUUAUAAAACAAAUAAAGCCCCGUUCGCUAUAAGACUGAAACAGAUGUGGUUUCACUGGUAUUAUAGAGAAAACUUUUCGGGAUUAUUAAAGUUUUUAGAUAAAAUUUUAAGUCUCGGUGAUGUGUAUAUAACGUCAGUGUCUGAUAUGUUAGAAUGGAUGAAAGCACCAAAAUCAAUUAAAGACGUUAAACAAUUCGCGAAAUGGAAGUGCUAGAUGCUGAGCUGUGAUUUACCGUAUAUUAGCAUUCGAUGGCAAGUGUGUUUGAAAAAAAAAAUGAUGAUGUGUAUGAAAGUACAGUCGUGUUUGUACCAUAACAUACAUCAGUAUUGUUUUUGCAAUCCCGUACCAAGAACAAAGAGUUUGCGGGAUAGGACGGCGGGCUGUCCUUUUAUUGCAAUGUGUUUGUUACUGUUAUGAUAUACUGUGUACAAAUGUAUUUUUGGUAUUUAACUGUUGCGCAUUUAUUUUUGAAAGCGCGCCAUUUUGUGUUCAGUAUGUAUGUGAUUGAUGCUAUAAGCUUGAAGCUUUCUCGCGGUCGUCUGCUUCAUAAAAUACAGGCAAAUUGUUUUAAUUUGUGCACAUAUAUUAUUAUUUAUGCCAUUUUAUGGCAAUCUUUUAGAUAUAUAUAUAUAUAUAUAUAUGAAUGAUAAAUGCUUUCACCUGAAAAAAGUUACCGUUUAUUUUCAAUCAAGCAAAUUUAUAAUAACAUUACAAUAAACCAGCAAUUUAGAAUCGAAAUAACUUAUAGCCGGGAUCAAUUUUUAGUUUCAUUAUAUAGUUCAUUAUAUAAAAGAAAUAUAUACACAAAUAUUUUCAUAACAAAACGAAAAAACUAUACCAAUUUAAAACUUUUUAGAUUCAUAUGUACAAAAUUACAUUUUUGAACUACAUUUUAAAUGAAUGGGCGUAUCAUUUCGCAUUUUAAAGUGUUAUUGCUAACAUGCCAAAAUUCUGGCGAUAUUUUGUCACGAAAUAAUGUCUAGCGACACGCACACAUAAAAACCGCGUCUUAACAUAGAAUGCAUUUCUGACAAGCGCAAAACCUUCAUUUAGUUUAUAAUGUAUGAUGGAUUCAUAUACAUUUUAAACAACCUUUGACGGCUAAAUUGUUGAGUGUUUGAUUUUACACCAAGAAUUUUCGCAUUUAUUUUUUCAUUUAAAUACACAUUAUAACGUGAUGUUCUUUUUAAUGCUUCCAUUACCAUUUGAAAUACAUGUAUUAUUUUUAUUAUCUUUUUAUCAUGCACAUGUACAUACAUGUAUAAUGAAACGAUUACCGACUGCUUUUUCUGUAAUCUUUCGCUCUUUUCUGUUAUUUUUCUGUAUUUAUUAAAUGCAUUAUUUUGUGUGCGUUUUUACUCACAAUAUUUUUUGUUAAAUUACAUUUUAUGUGAGGAACAAUGUAUAUUUGUUCAUAAAAAUGUAAAUGUACAUUUUAUGUUAUGUUGAAGGAAAAACUACAAAGCAGUUUUCUUUUCAAAUAAAAUAAUUUAAAUAUUCA